CGUUACAGUUCUACCUCCUCAUUUCAGCAGGGAGGGGUAGGAGAGGACGUAUUUCUACGGUGGGGGCAAACCGGCAGCGCGCGCGGAGAGCGAGAGAGAGAGAACAAAACGUGACUAGGCACCUAAAGCUUUGUGUUAUGCAACUACUGACUGACCUACUAACACACAUUCAACGACCGGAGCGGUAGUGGUGGGGUUAGGAAACUGGAGCAGCAAGUCUCUCCGACAUAACACGAGGACUUCAACCAAGAGUGGGAGACACAAGUAGUAGCAGUACAAGCCAGCCAGCCCAGCAUCAUUGACUUGACUCAGCCGGCGAGUGAGGGAGGAACACGACAGCGUGCAACAUUACGUUACCUUCCAACCCAAAGCUGACCGGAGAAGCAAACGAAUUCGAUUCGUAUAGCGCAUAAAAGACUGAACUCUGAAGAGAACUCAUUCUUGGAGGAUUUUUUUCUCUGGAUCUACUAUUUUUGACCAGCCUGAUUCCCAGAGAGAAGGAGCGGUCUUGUGUCCCUGGGAGACUCCAGUUAAGCCGUGGUGGAAAAACCCCUCGCCUCAUCCAGACACACUGACCUACAUCCCGCUCGAGAGACACCUGAAGCCGUGGGUCACAGCCUUGACUGUGUGUGUGUGUGUGCGUCUCUGAAGAUUUGCACACAAACACGAAAAAACCUGCUGCAGCCAGUCUGCCAAGUGAACUAGAGCAAGGGAAGGAAUUCCUGCAGACCGACCGCCUUGACUGACGACUUGACCCAGUUGUUGCGCGAUAGCAUAACACGGAACAGAGCAGAGAGUUUCAACAUCAGCUAAGUCGCCCUGAGGCGGAGAGAGAAGAGUUCCUUUGUUCUCAGAAGUUGAGCUCAACACCAUUUGUUAAAUGAGGGAGGUUUAUGUUGAGUUUCACCUCUUCCUCAUCUUCUUGGCCAAUUUGGACACUUGAAGAGUCUAGGAGCUAAAUCUGAGAAGAGAAACCAACACAGAGCACUUUUCAAUCAAGGAGGUUCCUCCUAAGAGGAACGCAAGGAGCCUCAUCUCCAAAUAAUUGACACUUCCUUGGGAAGAAAAAAAACAAUUCCAAUAUUAAAGUUUCUUUCCAUGUCAGCUGCGAGCUACUCCAGCAAACUGGCCACGCUCGGAAAACAAUGGAAAGCCUGAAUCUUCACACCCCGAAUCCCAGUGACGACGUAGAAACCUUCGAAACGUUUUCAGACUACAACAGCGAGUGCAACACCCCGACCUCCGAAAACACACCCAGCAGCGGCGGCGGCGGCCGACGACUAGCCAAGCCCAAACCCAACAACAACAUGACGUGCCGACGCAAGCGCGAGUUCAUCUCCGACGAGAAGAAGGACGCCUCCUACUGGGAGAAGCGCCGCAAGAACAACGAGGCGGCCAAGCGCUCCCGGGAGAAGCGCCGGCUCAACGACAUGGUCCUGGAGAACCGCGUCAUGGCCCUCAACGACGAGAACGUGCGCCUGAAGACCGAGCUCCUGCAGCUCAAGCUGCGCUUCGGCCUCAUCAGCACGGCCUCCUAUAUGGAGAAGACCCAGCAGAUCAACAAUGCGGCUGCGGCCGCAGCAGCGGCUGCCAGCGCUGCAGCAGCAGCGGCGGCCAACGGUGAUGAUAUCACCUCCACGGGCUCCAGCCCACAGUCCUCCUCCAUCACCACCAAGCAGUACUUCUCCUCCAGCAGCGGCUACUCCAGCGCCUCGCAGGUCAUGAUGAACUCCGACUCCUCCGAGGCCGAGCAGCAUAUGACGCGAGGGGAGCUGAGCCGGGAGCGGGCGGAGAGAGUUCCCCUCAAGUACUCCUCCUCCCCCCGCGGAUCCCUGUCGGACAUGUCGGACGGCUCGUCCCGCGACAGCCCCGAGCCGCCGACCGUCAUGUCCUCCUACAAGGUCAAGCACGAGAACUCCGGCAUGGACAUGGAGAUUGCGCGGCUGGAGAGCAGCGUCAUCAACGGCCUGUUUGGAGGGCACCACCACAACCUGACCCUGACCACCCUGCACCCUCACCACCACCAACAUGGUGGAGACAGCAUGGAGCAGCUGGGGAGCGGGGAGACUCAGUCCAAUGGCCCAAUGACCUCCUCCCAGUCCCCAACGCCACCGCCACAGAGGCAGAUCCUCUUCCGCAAUGGCAAUGGCUCCUCCUACCCCAUGGACAACAGCAGCCACCAACAACAGAGGCAGGCCAUGGAGGACAUGAUGGAGCAGCAGCAGCAGCAGCAACAGCACUCAGAGACACAGCUCAAUGGUGGUCAGGUCCAGGGCCAUGCCGUGGCGAGUGCAAACGCACAACGAGAAAGCCUGGAGACCAUCACUGAGGUUGCCAAGCAGCUCGCAAGGAAGACCCUCCAGGACUCUCCACCUUACGAACACAGCAGCAGCAGCAGCAGUGGCAAUGGUGGUGGUCAGAUGGAGGGAGUGUCAGAGCAAGGGGCACAACAGCAACAGCAACAGCAGCGGGCCAUUAGCCAAGAGUCGCUCAGCAACAACCCCAACGGCAGCACCUUUGCCCCGAACCUCCUCCCAAGCAGUGAAGAGGGCAAGACUCACCUCUACCACCACCACAGCCAACAAUCCUACCUCAGCAGCACCCAGGACGAAGAGCCGCCCGUGUUGACCUACGAAGGAGGUCCGAGAAACGAGGGCUUCUACCGCGGGGAGAACUCCUCCUCCGGCAAAGACACCUCCUCCUCCAGCGACGGAGACCAGCGGAGCUCCGACCGCGAAGGCUCCACGGACGACGAGUCCCCUUCCUCGACCUCCUCCGAGACGGGCGGCUACCGGUGCCUGCCGUCAUCCCACCACCACCACCUCCACCUCCAGCAGCCCAGCCUCUCCCCCACCAGCUCCAGCUCCUGCUCCUCCUCUGCCCCCUCCGCCCAUGAGGGUCAAGGGGAGGUCAAAGCCAUGGCCCUGCCCCACAAGAUGCGUUUCAAGUACCGAGCACUGUCCAACAGCGGUGGCGGUGGCGGCUGCGGCACCACAACGAGUCAGAUGGACAUGGUCCACCACAGCAAUGGCAGCAGUCCAAACCCCACCGCCCCGAGCCCCAACCUGCCCCAGCACCCUUACCUGGCCCUGGCUCAUGUCACCCAGCAACAACAGCAGGCGCCAGCCACCAUUGCCUCCACCAACAACACAAACACUACCAGCAGCAGUAGCAGCAGCACCUCGACCUCCACCUCCACCUCAACCACCUCCUCCACAACCUCUAGUCCCCAGCACAGCCGCAGCAGCAGCAGCAGCAGCAGCAGCAACAGCAGAGAGAGGGGAGGAAAGAAGUCGCCUGAGAGGGCGAACGCAAAGAAAUCCUCUGCUCGGGAUUCAGGAGAGGAGAAAGGAGAGAAGGAGAAAGGGAGCGGGAGGAAGGCUACCGGUGGCGGACGGGGUGGGAGAGGCAAGAAACGCGAUUGAGCAAACUCUCAAUGACUCUUAUCGGACUAGUGACUCUGACUUAGUAACUUCCAACAACCAGGCGCCUCAAAGUCCAAAUGAUACACACACACACACACACACACACACACACACACACACACACACACAUACACAUACACAUACACACCUCAAUGUAUGAUAUUCCAUCACUCAUCCUCUCAUAGCUGAGGGUAGAUUUAAAAGAAAAAAAGAAAAGAAGAAAAAGUAUUGAUUAGUCCCUGGUUUGUGAUUUUGGAUGUGGUUUCGUGUCUGGUACACUGUGUCAUGUUUUUGGUCAAGACCCCUAAUGGUUCUCAUUGCAUUCUCACAGAGAAAGUAAAAAAAAGCACUUACUGGGUCAGACAAGGUAUGUUUUUUUAUUUCGUUUGUUUUUGUUAAAGGGGAAGUAAGCUCUUUUAGUUUAAUCUGAGAUUCACUGUGUCAAUGCUCAAAGCUGAAAAAGGAGAAUUUUAUUUCUCAGACAUAUUACUUAGUACGUAAUGACCUUUGACCUCUUGUUCCAUCUCAGAUGAACUCUAAAACAACUGCUGUUGUCACAGCUGACACAACAGGUGGCACUUAUCAUUUCCUUUAACAUUUACAGUUCUGCAAGUGUUAAUUCACCACCUUAGGGAGUACUAACAACACUCUAAGUGUUAAAUUAGCACUGGGGAAUUUUAACUGUGUACAAAGACCUCUCUUCUGUUCAUGAUUCACUUCCUUAGCCCCAUUUUUUAUUACCAUUUUACAAAGCACUUGGAUUGUACAUUACUGUGACAUACAAAUUUUUACAAUUAUUUAAAUAUAUUUUAAGAAAAAAAAACAACUUACCAAAAAAAAAGACGAAAACAUGGAAGUGUUGGAGAGGGAGCAGCAGACAUGAAACGCUCGUUUUACGUUGUCGUGCUGGAAUCGUUGUACAGUCUUAACCUGUUUUUUUAUUAUUAUUAUUAUUAUUAUUAUUAUUAUUUCAAAAUGUAA